AUGAGCCAAUCUUCUAAUGGCCACCCCAGUGAGGGGUCUGCUUCAAGCCCGGCCAUGUGUAUGUCCUCAAGCCGUUCUGUGGUCUCAAGCUCUCCUACGCCCGCCAACAGUGAAUCAGUUCCUAAUCGCAUAUCCCCUAUGGCGAGUGAGACUCCAAGCGCAAACUCCCAAUACAAGGACUACGAAGAAUCCCACGAUGACAGGCUUCCUGCUGCUCCCUCGCAGAUGGGCAUGACCGAUCAUGGCAGUCGAACCUACCUCUCCCUAGGUGAUGUAAGACAUCAUCCUGUCUUCAUCAGCAGACGUCCACUGACUUGCCCUGACCAACUUGCUCGACAAACGAAACUCCUCGCGACCCAUUACGAUAAGCUCUCAGGCAACAUCGCGAUAUUCGGCGACAGGCUUCACAAUUUGCACGAUGCGAUUAACUUAGUGUUGGAGAGACAAAAUCAGGAAGUCAACAACCCCAGGUCGUUCGUCACAGACCCUGUACACUGGCCCGAUGAGGCCGCAUCGGCACAGCAUUCUGCACACAGCCAGUCGACUCCAGAUCACAAUUAA